AUGGAGGAAGAGAUGGUAGGAAGCAGAAGCCUUAGAGAAAAGCCCCUUCCUGCCACGGCCACCCCCACUUUGUCCUCACUGGGCGCUGUCUUCAUCCUGUCGAAGUCCACGCUAGGGGCCGGCCUGCUCAACUUCCCCUGGGCCUUCCACCAGGCGGGGGGCGUGGCGCCUGCUUUCCUGGUGGAGCUGGUCUCCCUGGUGUUCCUGAUCAGCGGGCUGAUCACCUUGGGCUACGCAGCCUCUGUCAGCGGCCAGGACACCUACCAGGGCGUGGUCCGAGGGCUGUGUGGUGCCACCAUGGGGAAGCUAUGCGAGGCCUGUUUCAUCGUGAACCUGCUCAUGAUCUCUGUGGCCUUCCUCAGGGUGAUCGGGGACCAGCUAGAGAAGCUGUUCGAUGUCCUCCUGCCCAGCAGCCAGCAGCCCUGGUUCGCUUCCCAGCGCUUUGCACUGUCCCUCCUCUCUGCACUGGUCAUCCUGCCACUGUCCAUGCCGCGGGAGAUUGCCUUCCAGAAAUACACCAGCAUCCUAGGCACCUUGGCUGCCUGCUACCUGGCCCUGGUCGUCACCACGCAGUACUACCUCUGGCCUCAGGGCCUGGAGCAUGACCCCCGCCCCUUGCAGAGCCCCUCCUCCUGGACGUCAGUGUUUAGUGUCUUCCCCACCAUCUGCUUUGGCUUCCAGUGUCACGAAGCCGCCGUGUCCAUCUACUGCAGCCUGCGCCCACGGAGCCUGUCCCACUGGGCCGUAGUCUCCCUGCUGUCCCUGCUGGCCUGCUGUCUCAUCUACUCACUGACAGCACAGUAUUCCCAGCUUGGUGAGGCAGCAGGCACCGUCAACGGUAACAAUGAGUGCCUCAGCAAGGACCAUGACAUGCACGAGGUCACACUGUACCUGCAGGGCAGUGAGGUGCAGCUUCGGGUGCCACUGACUGUCCUGUGGGUGGCCGGGACGCUCACCCUGGCACUGCUGCUGCCCGACCUCAGCAAGAUCAUUGGCAUCAUCGGUGGUGUGAGCGCCUUCUUUAUCUUCAUCUUCCCAGGUCUGUGCCUCAUCUAUGCCGUGGAUCUUGAGCCCAUGGGACCAAGAGUCAAGUGCUGCCUGGAGGCCUGGGGCGUGGUCUCGGUGCUGGUGGGCACCUUCAUCUUUGGGCAGAGCACCAUAGCCGCCAUCCUGGAGCUGGCCUGA